AUGAUGAUUCAGGACGACUCAUUUGAAGAACACACUGAAAAAGCCGCGAAUUUCCUAAACUGGCAGCAACUUUUAGCGGCUGCUUUGGCGUUUUGUGCUGCUAUUAUCAAACCCGUUAUGCUGAACAGAGCGGCACGGCGGCCUUUAAUACUAUCAUCAGCUUACUGUCAAGGUCAAAAUCUACAACUUAGCGCUGUCAGACGGGCUGCCAGUGCGCCCACGCGCAGCAUUAGCAGCAGUUUCUCCGGACGCCAGCAACAACAACGCAGAACCGUUUCAUCUUAUUACAGCUGGGAGAUCAAACAAGGCUCAAGAAUCGUCAAGGCUCGUAUUCCACUGCUCAAGUCUCCAGGAUACAUUGGCCACUACACGUCACGCGUCACCCGACCAUACAACGAGGACAGGUACUCUGCAAGUGUCCUGGAGCUGCCAUCUGGGUCUUCUCUUCGGCCCAUGUCUUCGCGCAAACUUAACCUCAACUCACUGCUUGAGGACGAUGAGGAUGAAAUUGACUUGUCAAGUGACGGCUCAAAAAGUGGGGAAAACAACAAAUCACCUCAGUGGAUGACACGUCCUGUCUUCAACUUUGCGGUUUACGACGGUCAUGGCGGUGCCGAAUGUUCGCAGUUUUUACAUGACAAACUAGCAGAAUAUGUCGAGAGUUGUGAUCUAACAGCAGCACCGAGACUGACUGAAGAGUAUCGCAAGGAAAUUGGUGGGUACUGGAAGCGAUGGAAAAACGGGUUUGAUAAAUAUACAUCCAAAAUGCGCCCAAUUGAUGACCUACAGAUCCGUAUCCCCAUUGCUUUUCUACAGGCAGAUCUCGACUACGUCCACACAAACACUACCGCAGGAUCAACGUGUACAUCUGUAUUUCUCUACACAGAUGAUGAGUACUCUGCCCCAGUAGGCCGACACCAAGUCUUGACGCCAGGCGCGUUUUGGGAACCGGGCCAGACAGUACAGCUUGUUGUUGCACAUGUAGGCGACACUCGAUGCAUCAUUUGUGACCGGUUUGGUGAGGCACAGCCAUUAACCUCCAACCAUCAUCCAUCAUCUCCUGUCGAGGCAAUGCGUCUCCAACGUUAUGCUUCAAGUUUUAUGACAGAUUCCUUUGGUGAGUCGCGGUUUGGCGCCUACGCAAAUACUCGCGCGUUUGGCGACCUCAAGGGUAAAGCCCUUGGUGUUACCGCUGAACCUGACAUUAUCGAGCAUGAGAUCGGUAACCCCUCGGGUCGCGUACCACUAUCUCGCACCAUUGGCGGCCACGGAGGCGAUGAAUGUUUUCUGGUACUAGUAUCUGACGGUGUAUCUGGUUUUGUGUCGGAUCAAGAAAUGGCUGAUAUUGUUAUGAGUACAGUCAAUAGAGCAGGUUCGCUACGUGGUACACCUCAGCUGGCCGCCGAAGAGGUUGUUAAGUAUGCAGAAACUGUAGGCGGCGACGAUAAUGCAACAUGCAUGGUGAUUCGAUUAGGCGGGUGGAACCAGUGGCCCAUGGAUCUUGAUCGCACAGCUGCCAUGCGCGAGAGUCGGCUGAAAAAUGCUUUAGAUAAUCGCAGACAAUAA